GGGCAGGGUGCUGGCAGCAUGCAGGCGGGUGGUUGGCUCCUGCUGGGGCUGCUGGCCCUCGGUGCACCGCUGCACGCAGCGCCCGCUGCAGGACGGUGUAGCCCAGGGCUGCACGGAGCAGCAACCAUCCUCCCUGUGACCCAACCGCAGGCGGUGGUGCCAGCAGAUGCCCGGUGCCGGCAGCGGAACGGCACCCAGAGCCCAUCUGUGCAGCAGCAGCUGGGGGCAGAGCGGGGCGGUGCGGAGCAGCACCUGCAUGGGGAGCGGCCGGCGGUGAGACCUGUGCCCGAGAAUGGAGCGGGGAGCAGGGAGAAGCCUCCAGCGGGCAGCACGCCUGCACUGAGGGAAAAGCAGGAGAUCGCAAAGAAACCCAGCGUGGGGAAGAAGCCAGAGUGUGAGGGGAAGGAUGGGAAUGGGGAAAAGCCAAAGAUAACGCCAGGAGCAAUGGCAAAACCAGAGGGUGGGGGGAAAGUGGAGAGUGGAGGGAAAACUGAGAGUGGGAAAAAGCCAGGGACUGGGGGGAAGCCAACGGGUGGAGAGAAACCCGUGCUGGGGAAAAAGCCAGAGGUGGGGGGAAAGCCGGAGGCUGGGGGGAAACAGGAGAGUGGGGAGAAGCUCAAGUUGGGAGAGAAACUAAAGCCCGAGCAUGGAGAUGGUGAGGUGGGUGAUGACAUUGAUGACGAUGAUGACGAUGACAGUGAUGACGAUGGUGAUGAGAAAAAAGGGUAUGAGGAUGAUAUGGCUGAUGACCAUGAUUAUUACUAUGGCUACAAUGACGACGAGGGCUAUGAUGAUGACGAUAAUGGUGACGGUAACAAUGGCAGUGAUGACAACGGUGGAAAUGGGAAUGACUAUGGAGAUGCCGAUGGAUACGGUGACGGUGAUGACUGAAGAUUACAGUGGUGGAGAUGGCAGCGAUGCUGGCGCGAUGAUGCUUGGUGACCAGCACUGUGGGGCGUGUGCAGGGCACAAGGUGCAAUGACAGCCCAUGGCAGGUGGGCACACGGAGCUGCCCCCAGCCUCCCCUCGCCUCACUCUGCCAGGGCCAGUCCUGGACACCAGCGCUGUUUUGGGCAGGACCUUCUAUUUCCUAAUAAAUCCCACAGUGGGCCACUUGCUCAACACAACAA